CCACGAUGCAGUCUAAGACAUACGACAAGUCAUAUGACUACGAAGAAGAUAAAGUUGAUGGUAUUGAUUACGAUAUCGUCAAUAUUUUUGAACUCGAAACCUUACAAGAACUUAGAAUUGAUACUGAUUUCAGGAAUGCAGUCACAGUAACGCUCCUUGAUGGAUUUGCAGAGGUAUUUGGAGCUGAGCUCCCGCCCAAUACACCUAUUUACUAUGCCAAAGGUAGCAAAUUUGCAAUUUUCACUUGGCAUCAUGCAAAAAUCCAAGUCAUAGGAAAGACAGAAGAUAGCUAUCUUAGUAAAGAAACAAGAAUGAAGGAAUACAUUGAGUUGCACUCCCAUAUCCAGGAAGAAAGAGAUAACAACAUGAGAGAAAGGAAGCCUGGCCCUAAUGUGCUGAUCUGUGGGGAGUCCAACUCUGGUAAGAGCACUCUUUGCAAGAUCUUGACUAACUAUGGUCUCAAAAUGGGCUUCAGACCAAUCUUGAUUGAUCUGGAUAUCGAAAAUAAUAUGAUUGUACCUCCUGGAUGCAUCGGAGCCUCAAGACCAAAGGUGAAUGUACCCUCUGAUGACUUAACAGAGGACACCAUAUGCUAUUUCUAUGGUUUGAGAGCAUCCAAGAUGGAUGGAAAACUCUACAAAAGACAGGUCUCUGAACUUGCUGGCUGUGUCAACAAGAAGAUACUCAACAAAGAAGAAGAAAUGAAGAAAGAACUCUUUGAUAUGGUUCAUACUAAAGAAGAUCCUUCAAAAAUGGCUCACAUGAAGUCAAUCUUUACUGAUUUUUCCACUAGUAAACUCCCUGUGGAGCUUGCUAGUGGAUGAAUCAUUAACUCAAUGGUUGUUGGAAGUGAACCUUCUGAAAGAACAGUCAGAUUCCUCGCUGAUGCUUUCAAGAUUUCUUACAUCAUUGUAAUGGAAUCCGAGAGAACAUACAUCAAACUUCGUGAGUGCUUCCAAGAAUCAAGCUCUAUAAAAAUCGUGAAACUUCCUAAAUCUCCAGGUGUGGCAAUCCUAGAUGAAGCGAACCGAAGGAAGGCUACUAAUUACUUCUUUAAAAACUAUUUUUAUGGUGAACUAAACUCUGCUAAAGCUUUGUCGCCGUCUUUUCUGAAUAACUUGGACACGUUCGAAGUGGGGCUUAAGUUGGAUGAGUAUAAGCUGUACACAUAUGAGUUGGUCAAGAUCCCUCUCUCCGCCCUUCCCCACGGAUCGAAGGAAGAGGUUAAUAAAAUUUUUGUGAAGAAGGUCGACCCAGAACAGAUGGAACUUCAGGACAGAGUCGUAGGAGUUUUAGAUCCAGUCAAUGUGGAGCUGUUAGAGAAAUAUGAAGAAGAAAUUGAGGAAGGAGAGAAUAGCAAUAAGGAAGAGUUCUAUGAUAUUUUGAUCUCAAGUGUUUGUCGAUCCUUGAUCCAUAUAUCCUACUAUGAUCCAGCCAACAAUCAGCUGAUAGCCAAUGCGACGUCUCCAGAAGGACCAAAGAGCAAGUACCUGAUAGUCAAAGAUCUAGUCUAUGAGAAGAAGCUUUAAGCAAGGUAUUAAUUUUAAUCAAAUUUCAUAACUCAAA